AUGGUUGGAAAGUAUGGUGCAGGAGAAACUAGUCUUUUUAAGUGUCCAACCUGUGAUUAUGAGCAAGAAAUAAGAUCGUCUGGAGUUCAUAUAUCCGAAGGUGGAUCAGUUAGUGUGUUUUCAGAGGAUGAAUUUUGUUGCCCAAAUUGUGUAUCAAAGAGUGACAAACAGGCAACCAAAAUUUGUAGUAAGUUAACCCUUUAAGAUGUAAUCUCCCUACUUUACUUUUUUAAUAUAAUGUCAGGUUUAUUUACAAUGUCUAAUCCCAGAUGAUUUUGCCUGUCAACGAGUAAAAACCCUCCCGCCUCCACUGUAUGUAUGUUCGUGAUUUUAAAGGAGAUGAUAAAUAUAACAGUGGAAAUGAUGACGAUUCAUCUACAUGUGAAAAGAAAGUAACUGAUGCAGUCACAAACAAAGAGAAAACAUCAAACAAGAAAAUAUCAAGUGAGAAAAUGUCAUGCAAGAAGAGAAGAUUGAACCAGGAAAAAGAGUUAAAAAUGCCCAUGAACAAAAAAAAAGAAAAGCAAUGUUGA